GCUUAGUCGUCGUACCUAAGCGUGUUCAUUAAUGUUCUCCCCGACUUUAGUUAAUUAAUUAGUCUAGAUCCUCAAUUUUAAUGAGAAGAGAAGAGUCGACGGAAAAGGAAAGAUUUCAGCACAAGUAUACCGGAUUUAAUUUUUGUGUGUACAAAUUAUACUGCAUAACUUUUUUGCAUUUAAUAUGUACUAUUUAAUUAAUGAGUAGGUGAAACAGAACCGUUUGAUAAUUAGCACAACAUCAUUAAUAAUUUAAUAUUUCUUGUUUGGGAAUGCAAUCUUUGCGUUGGGGUUAUUCAAAAACUAUAAUCUAGUGUUAUAUUUUCAGAAGCGCAUUCUUCCCUUUCUGGUCCAUAAAGGUACAAGUACAUAAGUAGAACAUACAUAUAUACCGUCGAAUAAUACUCCUCGUCACCACUAACCUAGCUACCAACUUUCAUCAUCGCAACAAUGGUCUUCCGCACAUCCCUUUUCCUCUCCCUCGCCGCAUUGUUCAUCGCCGGAGCUCAAUCAACGACAGUGUUUUUCACGAACAAGUGCUCCUACACUGUAUGGCCAGCAACCCUAACCGGCGGCGGCGCACCUCAGCUCCCAACCACCGGCUUCGAGCUCCCUUCCGGCGAAUCCUCGACCCUCGAGGUCCCUCCCAACUGGACAAGCGGCCGAAUAUGGGGCAGGACCGGAUGCACCACCGACUCCACCACGGGCAAAUUCUCCUGCCUCACCGGCGACUGCGCCUCCGGCCAGAUCGAGUGCAACGGCGCGGGAGGCAUCCCUCCCGCAACGCUCCUCGAGUUCACCCUCAACGGCAACAGCAACGGGAUCGACUUCUACGACGUCAGCCUCGUCGACGGGUUCAACCUGCCCGUCUCGGUCCAGCCGCUGGGGAACUACAGCUGCAACGCCACGAGCUGCGCUGGCGACGUGAACGGCGUGUGCCUCCCCGAGCUGUCGGUGACGGGGCCCGACGGGAGCGUGGUGGCUUGCAAGAGCGCGUGUUUGGCGCUGAACCAGCCGCAGUACUGCUGCAGUGGGGAGUAUAAUGCGCCGGAGAAGUGUCCGCCGACGGGGUACUCCAAGUUGUUUAAGGCUCAGUGCCCUCAGGCUUAUAGCUAUGCUUAUGAUGAUGGGAGCAGCACGUUCACUUGUCCUACAGGGGAUAAUUACUUGGUCAUGUUUUGUCCUUGAUUAGAUAAUUAGGAGAGGCUCUAAUUGUGUUUUUAGCAGGAUUAAGAGAGUUUAACGUUUAUUCGGUACACUCAAUUUUGUAGUCAUGGUUGGAAUUGGACUUUAGGUAGUUUUUUUAGCUUGUUGCGGCCAUAGGGUGUUGAUCGUCCUUUGUAAUCUUUUGAUUAAAUGGAAUUAUGUUUCUUUGUUUGCAUCACACAUUAAUUAUAUUCCAAGUAUUAUUCCAACGAAAAAUUUGAAAAUUUUAUUUUAGUUAAAAGCGUUGACUAAAUUAUAUGAGGAGAAGUAUGCAAUACACUUUAGCCUAAAAUUAUAUGAUAAUAAUUUAACUCAAAAUUUAAUUGUCUUAUGUUUGAAUCAAAAAGUCUUGACUCGAUUUUUAUAUCUGCUUGAUCGAAUAUCUUAAAAUGUACUCUCAUUUCAGCGUUGUUCAUGAACCAAACGAUCCAAACGCUUCCUCAUUUUCCAAAUACAAAAAAAUACGAGUUUCCAUCAUAUCCUAACUUAUUAACAAAUGAAUCUCGCAAUUCAUUAUCAUAGAUUUCUCCAUUGCCCGGGUCUCACGCCUCAUUAGGAUUUAGAUAUAUAGAUUUUUAAUCUCAAGAAAAUGAAAGAAAGAAAUUGAGAGAGUCUCCAAAACAAAUAAUAACAAUGGUCUCUCUGUUUAGCUUGUCAAAUUUGUGCACUUUGUUUUCCAAAACUGGAUGUAAUUUUUUUUUCCUUUCCAAGAGCGAUAUAUAUUAGCCUAAAAUAGCUCAAAUCUCUAAUUAGGGUAAGUCAUCGUACCUAACUGGGUUCAUUAAUGUUUUUUCCCACUUCAAUUAUGGACUUUAGUUCUACUUAAUUACUAGUCUUAAUUAGAAGAGUCGACGGGAAUAAAAGUUUUCACCUUAAACUGCUCUGUAUUAAUUACCAUGACCUUUUUCCCGGAAUGAAAUCUUUGCUUUAGGGUUUUAUAGCCCCUUAAUUCUUCCUUUUCAGGUCAAUAUAGCCAUCUCUAUAUUAAUAUAAGUAGAACAGAUAUAAGUUAUAUCCCUUCUUCUCAAUAACCUAGCUAUAUCAACGUUAUCGUCACAAUGGCCUUCCGCGGAUCCUUUUUACUCUCCCUCGCCGCACUAUUCACCGCCGGUAAUUCUGAAUUCAGCAAUUUAUCAGCAGUUCUAUUUUUUACUGUUUAUGUUACGGACUUACGGUGCUGUAAUUUUUUGUUACUACUGAGGUUUCGAUUGACUUCUCUAUUAUAGUUGAAAGAAUAUAUAUAAAACUGAGUUUUAAAGUAUUUUAUGUCAUAUUAACUAUUAAGGGGUCUCUUUGUCACUAUUGUCGUGGCAAUACGAAGUGUCGAAUUAGCUAAUGAUCGAAAUAUGAUAUAUAUUGUAGCUAUGUUUUUACAAAAAUUUUUAUAAUACAAACUGAAUUUGUAU